AUGGCACCCUUUUCUCUGUCGCGGUCACGAUUUGUCCAAGUCGCACGCUCCCUCUCUUCAUCACGACGAGCUCAUAUGGUCAAAUACAUCUCCAGCGAAGAUUUGGCGACCUUGAUUAAGACCGAAGGCAAGAACUCCGGGGUCGACUAUCUCGUCGUAGAUGUGCGCGAUGACGACUUUGUCGGCGGAAAUAUAACGAAUGCUAGAAAUAUUCCUUCGCGAGAGUUUUCUGUUGGUGUUUACGAUCUGGCACAAAAAUCCAAGGAAAUUGGGACUAUGGUAUUCCAUUGUGCAUUAUCGCAAGUCCGUGGGCCAAAGGCGGCACGGGUACGAUCCUUCCGUAUUCUUGCAAACUUACGCCAGAGUCAACAGAUAUAUGAGGAAAUCCGUCAGAAUCUAAAUAUUCCAGCCCAACAUGGAGAGCAAGAGGUAUUAAUCCUUCGAAAUGGGUUCACUGAGUUUCAACUCAAGUACAAGGCGCGUCAUCAUAUCGCAGACCGAACCACUCCUCACUCUCAUAAUCAGGAUGAUCCUGUCCUUGUCGAGAAAUGGGACCCAGAAAUAUGGCAGAAUGCAGAGGAUUGGAGUUGA